AAAUGACUCAAGUUCAUGACUAAUAUUUGGAUAUAAUUUGUAUAUUGUCGCAAUGUCAGAUGUUUUCCUGUACAUUUAUGAUCUUUCGAGUGGCCUAGCUAGUAUUUUAAGUCCUGGUGUCUUGGGCAAAAAAAUUGAUGGAAUAUGGCAUACUGCUGCCGUUUUAUAUGAUAAGGAAUUUUUCUUUGGACAAUCAGGAAUUCAGUAUUGUCAGCCAUGAAUUUAACAAUCUCUUUAAAGAAAUAACAUUAAAUGUUAUUUAUCUACAAAUCAGAAUAGCGAUAUCAACACUAAAGUCAAAUAAUCAAGAACAGUGUGCAUAACUUCGGACGUGUUGAUUAAAAUCGUUUGUUCACUAGGUACAGGCUGUGAUGUUCAAAUGCUGGUUUUAUGAAGAAUUCAGAAAAGGCCGGUCGGCUUGCACAACCUCUUUAGGAAAUCCAUUGAAAAAGCAAUUCAUGGGGAAGACAGCAUUGUCAGAAUCUGAAAUUUUCAAUUAUUUAGAACGACUAUCCAACACACUGUUCAAACCAGGAGAUUACUCGCUUUUUAAGCAUAACUGUAAUAGUUUCAGUGAACAUUUUAUAUUUCAUUUAACUGGACAACAUAUUCCAUCGUAUAUAUUGAACUUACCUAAUGAAGUUUUGUCUACAUCAUUCGGAGCUUCAUUAGGUUCAGCUUUGAAUGUUCUGUCAGUUGGAAUCAAUUCCAAAACACAUUUGAAUAGCAUUAAAGAAACUCCAUCUAAUAAAGAUAAGCAUACAUACGCUAAUAUUGUUAAAUCUUUUCGGCCAAUAUUUUUUGAUGAACCUUUAUCCUCAGAACUUCUUCCUCAUCGUAUAUAUUUGUUAUGGCCAGCUGAGGGAAAUUCAAGUUUACCAACUUUGGCUUCACAGUUAUCGGAAGUACUACUUCAUGAGAACACGGAAGUGAAAUGUGCUGAAGCAUAUUCACCCUUACUUGCAUUAAAUGAGUUGAUUACAAGUGAUCAAUGUCGAGCAGCAUGUGAAUUAUUUCGUUUAGCUAUAUGGAAAGAUCCUAAUAUAUUGAUGAGUUUGUUCACUGAUCCAAGACGUCCAUUGCACAAAUUAAGUACAGUUAAAUUACCUUAUGUAAAACCAAGUGAAUUCUACGAUAUUGAAGCAUCUCGUGCCAAAUUACUUUGCAAUUGUUUAGGUUUAUCGUUCAACUGGACAAUUAUGCGUGAUAAUGAUAUGAAGCUAGAUAUAAAUAGUAUUAUGCAAAUUAGUUUAACUCUCUUGAAUCAUGAUGUUGAAAAUCACUUAUCCAAAGAGAUGAUGGGUUCUGCUACCACACUACCAACUGUACUAACACCUAGUAAUUUACCAAAUUUAUUACCAGAACAUAAACUGGUCGGCUUAGCGUUGGCUCAUAAUAUUUCCUUAUAUCCAACGCUCAGUGAAAUUGAAGCGUUAGAAUUGGGAAGUUAUUUGUUACAUCUAGCUGUAACAAGUGAAAAAUCAUUUAAAUAUCCAAUCGAUACAACUUAUUUGCUUCGUAUAAUCUACUUCUUAGCUGUACGAUUUCCCAGUCUUGCCGAUUUAGCCAAAUGUUAUGAUAUUGAAAAAUUUCUUCAUGAACUCCUUAAGGAAAGACACAAUUUCCAUGAUAAUUUAACCCCGUCAUCAUCAUCAUUAAAUUCAUCAACUAUUCCAAACGAACACAAACAGUGGGGUGACUACAAGAAUAAUUUACCUCAGACCACAAGAACAAGUAGUCUUUCUCAACCGUCAGAGAAAAUUGAAAAUGGUAUUGGAUCAGAUUCAUUGACAACUUUCGAGUAUUUGAUCGCUUCAAAACUGUUAAAUUUCUUAUCAGAUCAUUGUGAAUCAGAUGAAAUGUAACGAAGCACCAAUAAUUUUUUUAAUAAUUUUAAAAAGAAGAACCUAUUCUUAUUAAUUUUAGGAAGUGACUUUUUUUCUGUAUCAUCUUCAACACCAUCAUCAUUACUGUCAUUGUUAUUGUUUAAUAGUGGUUUACGUUUAUUUUUUCACUGAUUAAUUUUGAAUAUUCAUUCUAAUAUAUUUUAUUCAUUUUACUUUUUGUUCCAUUCUCAACGUUAAUUAAUGUAGCCCUCGUCUAAGAUUCAUAACUUUCAUUUUCUUUAAUGCCUUUAAGAAUAUUACAUUUCACUAUUGAAAAUAGACGAUCUUUUUUUUCUUACAUUUCGUCUUAUUUACCGCUAUAUUUAUUUGUUUCAUUUUGUGUGUGUAUGUGUGAUUUUAUCAUUGGUUGUAUUAGUGAUAUCGAUGCUGAAUUGUUGUCGACAUAAUGCAGUCGAUUCGGUCUUUUUUUAUAUAUAGGAAAUAUAUGAUUUAUAUGAG